AUGGCAGCAAUUCAGCUACAACCGCCUCCGUACGAGCCGUUUGAUUGCCGAUCCGAAGGCAAAAAUGUCCGAUGGACGAAAUGGCUGCGUAGAUUGGAAUGUAACGUUUUCAACGGCUGUGGCAUAGUUAACGCUCUGCAAAAGAAGGGAUUACUGCUCAUGUACGGUGGUUCCAACCUCAACGACAUCGUAGACAGCUUCGAUCAGCAGUUAUUGGAGCCUAUCCCGGAAAUUCCAGGAUCGGAGAAUCAAACAGCUGUGCCAGGUAAACAAGCGAGAGUGCCUGGUCUGACGUCACACUACGUCACGCGCCAAAAAACCUGUCAGUUCGCGGAGCCUAAUGCAGAGGUGAAAUCACAGAUCAUCAUGGGUUGUCGGCUAGACAAGGUGCGUGACAAGGGACUCAGUGAUCCGGACGUAACAUUAGACAAGCUAUUGCAAUACGCUCGCAACCUGGAAGUCACACAUGCACACUCCAAGGCGAUCAAGAGUCAAGGGUUGGCAGACAUUACGUCAACUCAAGCUUCACUGGUGAACGCCAUUGGGAGACGCAAUGCAGAACAACUAGUGAGUGAAUAUAGCGAUCUGUUCACUGUUCUGGGUAAGCUGAAGGACUAUAACGUGCACCUACACAUUGAUGAAACCGUCCAACCUGUAGCACAGACACAUCGACGCUUUCCAUUUCACGUGCGCAAAGACCUUGAAGCUCAACUUCAAGCAGAUGAAGACCUCGGAGUACUUCAACGACCUACCGGCCCGACACCGUGGGUCUCUCCAGUGGUCUGUGUCACAAAGAAAAACGGAAAGCUCCGGGUGUGCAUCGAUAUGCGAUGUGCAAACAUGGCAAUAAAAAGGGAACGCCACUCAACGCCUACAAUCAACGAGCUUGUGAACGACCUCAACGGUGCGACAGUGUUUUCUAAGCUAGACCUAAAUCAAGGCUAUAACCAGCUAGAACUCGACGAGGCAUCACGGUACAUUACAAAGUUCGCCACACACGUCGGCCUGAGGCAAUUCACCAGGUUGAAUUUCGGCAUCUGUAGCGCUGCCGAGGUUUUUCAAGAAGCCAUCAGACAAGCCCUAGCCGGUCUUAAGGGUGGCAUCAACCUGAGCGAUAACAUGCUCGUUUUCGGAACUGACCAAACGGCACAUGACGAGAAUCUCCGAGCAGCAUUCCAACGUCUGAGGGAAAAAGGGCUCACUCUCUCCAAGAAGAAGUGCGAGUUCAACAAACCAUUUGAAUUCUUCGGUCACAUCUUUUCAAACGCAGGUCUUGCCGCUGAUCCAUCGAAAAUCCAAGCAAUUCUGGAGAUAUAA